AUGAGGCUCACGUCUGGGGUUGCUGCUGUGCUACUUGGCACACUGGCAGAUUAUGGUCAGGCUAAGCUGUCUGCCCGCAGUGCAGAUCCGUGUUGCGAUGCUCUCCUUCUGAGCAAAAUCGGUGACCGAGUGGUCCUGCCAAACGUCAAAUCCUACAAGGAAUCGGUGAAAUCCUACUGGGCCGUCAACGUACAACUCGAGCCCAACUGCAUUGUGCAGCCGGUGUCAACCGAUGAGGUUUCCGGUGCCGUCCAGACUCUGGCCAACUCGAUCACGGGCGAUUCGUGUAAAUUCGCCGUCCGCAGCGGAGGCCACGCGACAUGGCCUGGCGCCAACAACAUCGAGGAUGGUGUCACGAUCGAUCUGUCCAAUCUCAACAGCACCACCUACCACAAGGGGGCGGAAACGGCCAUUCUCCAUCCCGGUGCGCGGUGGGGGGACGUCUACAAGGCUCUGGAGCCCUUUGGGGUGACAGUCCCGGGUGGCCGUACGGCUCCGGUUGGUGUUGGCGGUUUCCUGCUCGGAGGCGGUAACACCUUUCACACCGCGCGUGUUGGAUUUGCCACCGAUAAUGUGGAGAACUUCGAGGUGGUCCUCGCGAGUGGACGAGUGGUGAACGCCAACCGACAAACAAACACCGACCUUUACAAGGCGCUCAAGGGUGGCACUGGGAACUUUGGCAUUGUCACGAAGUAUGACUUGAAGAUCAUUCCUCACGACAAGCUCUGGGGCGGUCUUGUCGGCCACGAGAACUCGACCACGCCGCAGCUGGUGGAUGCGUUCGUCAACUUCGUGGACCACCUGCACGAGGAUCCUUAUGCCUCGUAUAUCGGGAUGUGGCAAUAUAGCACGGCCACCAAACAAAACACCGUGGCAUCCGCUCUAGAAUACACCAAAGCAGAAACGCACCCCCCCGCCUUCCAUGACUUCUAUCAUGUUAAGAACGUAUCCGAUACCAUGCGGUUGGCGACCAUGGCCAAUCUGACCGCCGAAAUCGGUCAGCCUGAUGGCUACCGGGAUGUGUUUCUGACCGGCACAUACGAGAAUGAUGCAAAGAUCCUCGCAAGAGCCGUCAAGAUCCAUGACUCCAAGAUCGAUGUGCUCAAGUCCCAAGCCAAGAGCAAAGACUGGACGAUUUACGCUAUGUUCCAACCGUGGCCGAAGAUCUUUUGGGAGCAGAGCGUAAAGAAGGGCGGCAACGUCCUGGGAUUGGAACGAAAUGAUAAGAACCUCUUCCAGGUUUUGUACGACUACUCCUGGAGCGACGCGGCGGAUGACGAGCUGUUUCGACAGACCGGCAUUGAUGCACUGAAAGAGCUCGAUGAGUAUGCCAAAUCCGAGGGAAAGUACAACGAGUACGUUUACCUCAACUACGCGGAUCGUACUCAGAACCCUCUCCGUGGUUAUGGACCGGAGAACUUGGAGUACAUCAAGAAGGUGGCCGAGACCUAUGAUCCUGAUGGUGUUUUCCAAACACAAGUGCCAGGAGGCUUCAAGAUCACCCAGGAGUAG